AUGACAUCACACAUGGAAGCCACCAAUGCUCGAGGUGUUCUUCCAUGUAUUGACGAACCUGGUCGUAAGGCUAUUUUUAAAAUCAGUGUCGUCCAUGAUCCUUCGUAUGCUGUAUGGUCCAACGGAGAAAUUCAAAGAACCGAAUCGCUUGACGAUAGACGAACUCUUUCACAUUUCACUCCGACAUUAAAAAUGUCCACAUAUCUACUAGCACUCAUCGUAGCACCAAGAUCCGAUUUUGCUUGUCUCCCAGAUCGUAUCAUAAGUUCAAAAAAUAUCAAAUCACGAGUAUGUGGACGUAUUGAUAUUCUGCCACAAUUAACUUAUGCCGACGAAGUAGCAUACAGAAUAUUGGAAUUUUUCAACACAUACUUUGACAUUGAUUAUCCAUUGCCAAAAAUUGAACAUUUUGCUGUUCCGGAUUUUUCUGGAGAAGCCAUGGAAAACUAUGGUUUAUUGAUCUAUGAUGAAUUAGGUUUGGUUUUCGAUGAGAAAACAGUAUCGAGUUCAAGACAACAAUACAUAACAGAAUUGAUAGCCCAUGAAAUAGCUCAUCAAUGGAUUGGAGAUUUAGUUACACCUGCUUGGUGGAGUGAACUGUGA